AUGACCUGGGACGUACGGCUGGCGCUAGCCCUGCUUGAGGCGACGUCCGACCCGCAGGUCGGCGGAAAAUUCUGGCAUGUCUACGGCCGCUUGCUGCCUCAGCCACACACGGUGACGGUACCCUUCUGCCUACCGGAGCGCCUCUUGGGCCAGCUACACAACAGCGGGAUGGCCGAGCGGGCUCGGAAGCAAGUCGAGCGGGUGCGCUCCUUGUACCCGGACCUGAUGCGGACGCUGCUCUCUCACCCCAAGACGGCCGUGUACGCGACUAGGAAGACCGCCGAAGGUGAGGCGGCGGCAGCAGCAGGAGAAACAGCAACAGCAGCGGCCACAAAAGAAGCGGCAGAAAAGGAGACGGAUGCGGUGCCGAUGGCUCUGCUUUGGGCGUUCGCAAUGGUGCGGAGCAGGGCGUUCGCGGCUGACGGCGAUCGUUUCGCGUUCGUGCCCUUUCUGGACAUGGCCAACCACGGCUUCGCUGAUCCGGCCGCGAACUUCACGUACAUCAGUGGAGGAGAAUCACAACCGGGCGUGUUCCAGCUCCAAGCGAUGCGCAAUAUCAGCGCCGGGGAAGAGGUUACCAUUUCGUACGGAGAACAGCUGAAUGCCGAGCAGCUGAUGGUGCAGUACGGCUUCCCCGCGCCCCCGAACGUGCCGCUCGAGCUUCCGCUAUGUGGCUCGGACGCUCUCGUCCGAGACACCGUAGCGGUAGCCACGGAGGAGGUAAAAGAGACGGCGGGAGCGGCGACCGCGACUGCGGCUGCGGGUGAAGGCGUUGUAGGAGGCGGGGAUGCGGGGGGUCUCCCUGCAGCGGCGGCCCAAGAAGAGGAGGAAGAACGAGGGUCGCGGGGUGCGUUGUCUGAGGCGGAAAGGGUAGGGCUGAUGAACGAGCUGUUCCUGCGCGCGCAGCAGCGGUUCGCGAGGGAGGCCGGUGGUGACGAGCGACGGUUUGAGAUAGGGGUCCGAAAGGUGCUCCCGCUCGUUCCGCCGAUCGCGACCAAGAUCGGAGAGCUCAUGGGAGACGGGGAGGACGGGAUGAUCAAAGGCGCCGAACUCUACCUCGAGGAGUUGCAGGCGUACCGGUCCGAAAACUUUCCGUCUACGGAAGAGCAGGACAGAGAACUGCUCAGCUAUUGCUUGGGCAACGGCAGAGGGAAAGUGGACCCGCGGUUGGCGGACGUGGUGCGGUACCGCCUCGGCAGAAAAGAGGCGCACUCGACGGCCGCGGGAAUCCUCGAGGAGUUCACGGCGCCGGCACCACCGGCACCACCGGCACCACCGGCACCGCCAGCUGGUGAUGCAACAGCCCCUCCGCAGGAGGCUCAGGAGGAGGAGUAGAGGCGGGGGUGUAGAGAUAGAGGAUACUGCGGACACGGUGUCUCUAGGGUACUGCCAACGCCAGAGGGAGUUGGGGCAAUGGAGAAUCCAUGCGGUGCCUAGAGGCCGGUGGUGACCACGUCACGGGGGGGGGGGCACCGGCGAUCAGAGGGCGCAGUGGGAGAACUCCGCCAACAGGCGGGUGGUUGAUCGAGAAUGACCCGAGGCUGUCAUUCCGCCAUCGCGGGCGUCUGAGAACGAUAAGAUGUCCUCCCAAGAUGCAUUAGAGCUAGGGAGUCUGUCGUUUGGGGGGGCUAUUGUGCCACCAAUGGGCCCAGAAUCGCGUCUAUCAAUGGAAGAAAGGUAGAAGGGACUACUAGUUAUCGGUGAGGGGUACACUGUUGUGUGGCAGCAAUACCGCCGCUGAUCUGCGGGUGACUGCGUCCCGUGAGUGUCAAUUGUCGGAUUGGUUGUUGGGUUGCCUUUGGUGUGAGGAGUAGAAGGCUCGGCAGCAAUUGGAGGACUUGUGGUGGGACAUGAAGCGUGUGUGCCGAGCUGGGGUGACCCGGGGCGUUCUAUCGACCAGGCGGGGUCGACUGCAGCAGAGAGUUGAGAAGGCUGGGGAAUGAAACGUCGACGACUCUC